GUUUCAUAUCACAAAAAUAUAAAUAUCAAGUUUUGAAAGGUUUUUGUUAGUGCUGUGCAUUGACUUGAAGCUGUGAUGACGUAGUCCUGUUGCGGCUCUUUCAAAGCAUUUUAUCAAAUACACAUUUCUAACUGUGAAAAAAAAAAACAGAAAUAAACAAAAAGGUUUUCAAGAAAGAAAAUAGAAAAAAAAAUUAUAAAAAGCAACACAUUUUAUGUGGUUUAAACCUCGCAAAGAAACGUAAAUAAAAUAUUUUAUUUUAGACAUUGUGAAGCAGUUCAAAUGAAUGAGUAAAGUGCAGUGUAGUGUAUAUACAGUGAGAUCUUUUAAGUGUGAAAAAAUGUCAGUUUAAAUAAAAAUUAUCAUCAUCAGCGUCACUAUCAACAUUUUAAUCAUCGCCAUCAACAUCUUUAAACAUUUUCGUAUACACAAAGGUGUUAACCUAAAUAUUACUUUCUACUUUCAAUCAUCAUCAGCACCAGCAUCAACAUAAUCAACCCAUAUUUUUGUGUGCAUGAGUCUUCAGCCACAGCAGCAUCAUUAUCAUUAAAAUCGAGGAAAAAAAAACGGAAAUUCAUUUAAAUCAUAUUUAACUUUUGAUUACAGAAAAAAAAGUGAAAGGAAAGAAAAAAUUUCAACAGGUUUUUGUACACAUAAAAAGGAUAUUUUCCUGUAUAUUAUAGAAACCAGCGAGUAGUGACAGACUGAUUGACUCACUCACUUUGUUCACUAACUGACUGGAUGACUCGAGGCCUAGCUGGCUGACUGGUUGCAUGUCUAUCGAGGCAUAGUGCAGUGUGAGUUUAUUUGUGCUUUACAUUUCCUCAACUUUAUUAAGAGUCUGGCUGCCUUAGUUUUUGAAUUUCUGGCCUAAAUCUUUUGUGAUUGUUCUUACAACUUUGAAUGUAUGCAGGUUGUAUUUCUAGUUGUUGUUAUGUAAUUUGUUGCAUUUGUUGUUAUUAUUAAUGUUGUCGCUGCUACGGCUGUUGUUGUACUUCAUUUAAAUAGAAAAACAAAAAGUACAAAGCAAAAUUUAUAUAAAUAUUUUCUAAACAAGUGUUUAUGGUUGUGCAUGCACGACUGCAUGCGUGGGGAAAAGUGCAAGUGCGAUUAUACUCGAAUGCAUACAUAAGGAUACUUAAACAGUUUCCUUUGAUAUCGAAAUAAGAACGGCAAAAAAAAGCCAGCAAGAACAAUAACUUAAUCAUCAUCUUAAUCAUUAACAUCCAACAUCAACAUCAGCACACUAGCACACAUCACAUACACAUCAUUCAACUUUAACAUCUUCAGAAACUAUGGUUGAAGAGUUUCUAGAAAAGCUACCGGAAAUUGACACUCGUUAUGAGGAUAUUGUACCAAUGGAACAAAUAAGUUCAAUGGUUUCGAAUGGCGGUGGCAGCGUAACAAUGCAACGUGAUGAUGAUUAUAGAAAACGCAUAAUGCACAUGCGUUCAAUGGCUGAAGAAGAUACAACGGAAAAAUCAUCAACAUGUGGCACAAUAUUAAUAUUGCUCUCGGUGGCUUUGUGUAUACUAACACUACCUUUUAGUUUAUUUGUUUGUUUUAAAGUGGUACAGGAAUAUGAAAGAGCUGUUAUAUUUAGAUUGGGUCGUUUAAUGCAAGGAGGCGCCAAGGGUCCUGGUAUUUUCUUCAUUUUACCCUGCAUCGAUUCAUAUGCUCGUGUUGAUUUACGUACUCGAACUUACGAUGUACCACCACAAGAGGUUUUAACUAAGGAUAGUGUCACAGUCUCAGUGGAUGCAGUGGUUUACUAUCGCGUUUCGAAUGCGACAGUUUCUAUAGCGAACGUGGAGAAUGCUCACCACUCGACACGAUUAUUGGCACAGACUACUCUACGAAACACAAUGGGAACUCGGCAUUUGCAUGAGAUACUCAGUGAACGUGUAUCUAUAUCUGGUUCAAUGCAGCUACAACUGGAUGAAGCUACCGAUGCCUGGGGUAUUAAAGUUGAACGAGUAGAAAUCAAAGAUGUGCGCUUGCCAGUGCAACUGCAAAGAGCCAUGGCGGCCGAAGCCGAGGCAGCAAGAGAAGCCCGAGCUAAGGUAAUAGCAGCCGAGGGUGAGCAAAAGGCUUCGAAGGCCUUAAGAGAAGCCUCAGAGGUGAUUGGUGAUUCACCAGCAGCUUUACAAUUAAGAUAUUUACAGACCUUAAGCACAAUUUCGGCUGAAAAGAAUUCAACGAUUGUUUUUCCUUUGCCCAUUGACUUGAUAACAUACUUUUUGAAAACAACCGAUGAGAAGACGCAAAAAAAUGCAGCCAAAGCCUGUGCAGCCAUUGCCCAAACAACGGUGGAAGCCAUUGCCCAGCAACAGCAAUCAACCGCCAUGUAAAAGCUACAUUUUUUUGUCAAACUGCAGACAACAACAACAACAACAAAACUUGGACAAAUAAAUAACACAAGCUGAAUGUAACUGAAAAAUAAAACCAAAAAAAAUAUAUGAAACGAAAAUACUUUACAAAAUAAACAACUUCAAAAAACUCGUAACAGUAACAACAUAAACAGCCAAAAAAACAAAGAACUUUUUAUGUGUAAAUUUAUAUUAGAAUUGAAAUAGCAACAACAAAUAUGAUAAAAAAAAGUUUAUUUAAUAUGUAUGAAGAAUGCAUACAUACAUAUAACAUAGACGUAUCUAACAAAAUCUUUAAUAAAAUUCUUGAUUAUUUUAACAACAUUUUAGGAUUUGUGGUAAUUUAAAGAAAUCUUGCUCUUUAAAAUCUGCUGAAAUAUUUAUUUUCAAAUAAAUUUUUCUUAACUUUUUUUCCUAGAUUAUUUGUUAAAGAGUGUGUAAUAAUAUAUAAAUAAUAAAAAAAAUUAUCCAAAAAAAAAAAUUAAAUAAAAAUAUCUGUGUCAACAUUUCAUUUUACAAACUGUGAAUAAAUGUUUACUUUAUCUACUUGAUGACAAAAACAACAUUAUUAGAAAAAAAAUCUACUACACAAAUAAAAAUGUAAUUCAUUGGUUUUCUUUGAACAGUAGCAGUAACAACAACAAGAACAAAAAACAUAAGUAUUAAAAUAUAUAUUUACAUAUUUUACAUACAGAUGCAUACAUACAUACUAACGCAGACAUAUGAAUAAAAACAUAUAUAUGUACUACAUAUACAUUUACUAUUUAUAUGAGAAAAUAAAAAUGAAAUAAAUUUGAACUUGAUCGUAUGUACAUUAAGGAUAUUGUAAUACUUGUUUAUGUAUGUGUAACUACUACAUUUGCUUGCAUGUUUGCUGACAGAACUUUCAACAGAAUUUUCACCAGAACUGGUCGCAAUUUUCAAAAUAAUUUAAUCAAAUUUGUCACAUACUCUUGUUUUUAAAAUCGGUUCAAAUUGUUAAAAUAUUUUGGAAUUAGGGUAAAAAAUACACAUUUUUAAUAUACUCACUGGUGUGGGGUGUCAUAUGGUCGGCCAUGCCCUACUAUACAUUCUUACUUGUUAAUAUUGCAAACAUUCAUUCAGUACACCAUGCAUUAGUUAGUUAAAUCAAUCAAAUCCGAAGAAAUACAGGAAGGACUUAUUGUGCGCUUCAAUAUCAAUGUUUCUGAUGGAAAUCAAUUCCCCUACCUCCAGUCUGACAGACAAGUUAGAUCACUAACUAGUAACCUACUGGAAGCACAAGUUUCUGGAAGCACAGGCUUCAGAUCUCCCUACUUUCGGUCCGACAGACUAAAAAACUAAUUAUUAACUUACCGGAGAUUAGUUAAUAAAUCAGUCUAAAGACUUGUUCAUAAAGUACUAGUACUAAGAUUAGUUCAUAGACUAGUCUGUAGACUAGUUCAUGUCAGUGGACUAAACAAUAUACUUGUAAUCAGACUUUUCAGUAGACUAGUCAGCCAGUUCAUGGUUAAGUCCACAGAAUAGCAAAUAAACUAAGGCAAUAUACUAUAUCAUAAGUGAAUCAAUAGCCCAUAGUCCAUAGCAUAGUCAGUAGACUAGUCAAUAGACUUAUUCUUAAAGUUGACAAUAGAUUAGCUAAUUGACUAUUCCAUACAAUAGCCAAUUGACUAGUCAAUAAACUAGCCCAUAGACUUGACCAUAGACUACUCAAUAGAUCAGUCCAUAGAUUAGGCAGAACACCCGUGUAUAGCACAAUUCGUAGAGUAGUUAAUAGACUUGUCAAUAGUAAUAUAAAGAUUAGCCAAUAGACUAGUGCCCAUAUUAGUGAGUAAACUUGGCAAUAGAUAAAGAAAUCUACAAAUAAUUAAGCACUUUUAACCCAUAUUAGCCUUAUUUUGUGCUAAAAUUUCUGAAGCUAGGUUCGAUUAGGUUGAAAACAAAUAUAGCAUCAGAUUCGCUAAAUGUUCCAUGCCACUAAAACGGCUCCUCUUUGAUGUUCACAGCAAAUGCUUUCAUAGACAUCUAUGUCCAAUGUAAUGUAAAAUUGUAACUAAUUUUACUCCAUAAUCAACAUAUUUAAGACAGUUUGUUCUGAAUUCCAGGGAGCUACUUGUAUGGGGCCUAGAUAAAUCAUAAAUUUUUAAUAUCAAAAAAUAAUCUUUAAAUAACGGAGGUACACAAAGGGAAAAAAGAAAUAUACACGCCUGGUAUCAAUUUAA